AUGCGCUUCUCCAUUCAAGUCGCACUGGCAGUAACACUGCUAAAUACCGCUGACGCCUCAUCGUUGUAUAGGAGGAAUAGAUUUAACUCAGCUUCGAACAAUACUGCAGACACGAGCCACCUGAAGACAUGGUGGCAUGCGACAGGAGAAGUCAAUACCGGAACGCCAGUUCAAGAUGGCAACGUCCGACAGUCACACUUGUACAGUGUUCAGGUAGCAUCAAGUAUUAGCCACAAUUUGAGUACCUUUUACGACUCCUUUGCCUACGAGAGUAUUCCAGGAAAUGGUAUGGGCACAGAUAAUGCAAGCGGAGUCGGCACCACCAUGGCGUGGAGCUCCUUUCUUUACGGCUCUGACGCUACUGUUAAAAUUUCUCGAAGUGACAACUGGUCCAUCGGCAACUAUACUAUUCGGCCAACCAAUCUCAACCUAAAUUCCACCACUUAUGGAGGUGACGUAUAUAUUUCAAUUCCGUACAACCCUCGCGGAUAUCGUUUUUCUGUGGAAUUUGGGGACGACCUUCAAACUAUCUCAGGUCCCGAAGAGAAAUCCCCUUGGAAUUCCCUUUUAAUUUUUGCGAGCCCGAUGGAGGAUCCGUCAAUCAUCCCUUCAUCGUCGUCGUCCUCGUCGCUGGUAGUCCAGGAGGGGUUGAUAUCUGGACUAGACUCAACUCAAGCAUCCGCCGUUAUAUUCAAACCGGGGGUCUACUACUGUACUGGAUACAGCCACAUGAAGCUGAGUAGCAGCGUAAAUUGGGUGUAUUUUGCACCAGGUGCAUAUGUAAAAGGUGCGGUCGAGUUCUCGAAUACUGGAUCGGAAGUAAAAGCAACAGGCCAUGGAGUUCUCUCAGGAGAGCAAUACGUCUGGUAUGCAGACCCAGACUCUAAUUAUACCACUGGCAGCGACAAUAAUGGCCUCAGGAUGUGGAGCGGCCAGACAGGAAGUUCCCAACAGACUUUCACCCUGAACGGCCCAACCGUCAACACUCCUCCCUUCAACUCUAUGGACUGGAAUGGCGAUCUUACCCUGAUGACUACCGUCGCGACUGACUAUAAACAAGUCGGCUCUUUCUACGCACAGACAGAUGGACUAGAAUUUUACCCUGGCUCUCAGGCCCGCGAUAUUUUCUAUCAUGUCAACGACGACACUAUCAAAACCUAUUACUCCAAUAUCAACAUCGAUGGGGUAGUUGUCUGGAAGUAUGCCACUGCCCCCGUCGUACAAUUCGGCUGGGCCUCGCGUGAGCUUUCCAACAUCACUAUCAACGACGUGAGCGUCAUUCAUCAAAGCUAUGACAAUGCGGGUGACAACCCUGGCCUGAUUGGUUCCGACAACGCCUAUACCGCCAGCACCACGGGCAUCUCUUCAAACCACAGCACGGCCAACGUCAGCAAUACAAUGCAAGAUAUAACCUGGUCCAAUUUCCGCGCUGAAGGCCCUUCUGCAUGCCUGUUCCGCAUCUGUGCUCUUGAAAAUCUAAGAAAUGUCACAAUUAGCAAUGCAUGGAUCGAAAAGUUUGCUUCUUCUGACCUCAAUACUACUGAGAGCCUACUACCUGUAUUCUACGACUCUAUUACCGGCGCCCAAGUGAAUGUUAGUAACUUUGUUAUUGAUAAUUUCGUCGUCGGUAGCACCAAGGUCACUGCGGAUAAUGCAGGCAGUGUGGGACAGAUUGAUGUUGACUCGGCGUACGCUUCGGCAGUUAGAUAUCAGUAA